GGCAGGACGAAUGGCGAGGCAACGACGUGCGCGCGUGUGUUGGUGCUGGAAAUUUUUUUUUCUUGUGUUGUGUGCGUUGUUGUUCUUCUUCUUAUUCUCCUCCUCCUUCGGUUGUGCUUGGUGUGCCCUGUUGUUGGUGGUGGUCAUUUGUGGCGCCAACGAGAGAGUGAGCAACCGCGCGCCCGUGCCUGUCAUCCACCAACCAACGUCUGCCGGUCGGCAGUCAUCACACAUCACUCUUUUGCUUCCCUCUCUCAUCAUCCACGUAUCCUACAACUCCCACGCUUCCUCCUUCCCCCCCCCCCACACAAGUACCUCCAGUCUUCUUCUUGCGGUGGGCAGUCUAUUUCUGCUCUCACACCUCAAGCACGUUGUCAACAUCACAUCACAUCAUCACGUCACGCACUUCCCCACAACAGCAGCGAUCACACCCAACGACUCAACGCGACCGCAGCCCACGACUUGAUCAGCCAGUCGUCCACGUGAGGUCUCCUCUUGUUACAGCAACAGAAACGCCUACAACCGCCAACAACAACAGCAACAACGACGACGACGACUACAACAAGAAGCGACAUGACGACCACAACAACCAGCGCCACGGCAAAGGUGCUGGCGACUUGCAUGUUUCCAGACCAGCCACCGGCUCGCGUUGGCCGCGACAACCAGCGUUACGAAUGCAACGGCACACGCCUCGUCGCCGGAUGCGUCCCCUACCGCACACACACAGGGACCCCAGAGGUCAUGCUCAUCACAAACCACAAGAAGGACAAGUGGAUCAUCCCCAAGGGCGGCUGGGAGCGCGACGAGACAGAGACGGAGGCAGCCGCACGCGAGGCAUACGAGGAAGCCGGCGUCCUUGGCGCAGUCGGCGCUUGCCUGGUCGACUGUGAGUACAUGGGCAAGAGCGGGCCCCAAAGACAUCGCUACUUUGCCCUGCAGGUGUCAAGCAUGCUUGAUGAGUGGCCAGAGGCAAACUUCCGCACGAGAAAGUGGGUCCCCAUCGACCAGGCACUCGACCAAUGCAAGCGGGCAGGCAUGCAUGAGGCCAUCACUGCGCUCGCCCACAGCCUGCGCAAGCAACACGUCGCACCACAGCAGCAUCAGCAACAACAACACCAGCAGCACCACCACCAGCAGCAGCAGGGAGAUGAUGAGCCGCGGACCCAGGAUGACCAGCAAGACGUCUGUCGACAAGCGUCCGUGUCGCCCACCCUCUCCAACGCAACCAUGUCUCCGCUUGCAACACCCACAUUGACACCGAAGCGCCCGUCGCAAACGUGUCAAUCACAACUGACACACCAGGCGCCGCCACCCAUAUCGUCAUCAUCCGCGUCAAAGCAACUGCAGCAUUCGUAGCCAUGGCUGCGAUGGGAACCCUGAAUGAGUUGCUUCCAUGUCGUUACGUGCAUCGUUGCACAAGUCACCCAUGUUGCUGUCCUGUGACGCCAUUCACACGUACAUCUUCUUUGCUUUUUUACACUAGGUUCGGCCCCCCCCCCCUUUCCUUUCUCCUCCUUCUCCUCUUCCCGCUUUUCCUUUGGCGUUCCCCUUGGUUCGUCUCCCUCUGUGUUUCUUGAUGGUCACAGUCGCGCACGCCUUGACUUGCUGCACUGCGUGUAUCUACCCUCGCCCUCGUGUGUGUGUGUGUGUGUGUGUGUGUGUGUGUGUGUGUGUGUGU